ACUUCUUCUGAGCCUCUGUUAUCUCAUUCUUAAAAGGAAACUACAGCUAGUCUCUAAGGUUCCUUCCAAAUCUAAAUCUAAGCCCCUAUGACCUGUCUUCUAAGAUUAUUUGAACUCCAGAAGGCCCGACCCCAGAUAAAUUAUGAAUGUUGAACAAGAUGAUCUUACAUCCACAGCAGAUAAUGAUAGGUCCUAGGUUUAACAGGGCCCUAUUUGACCCCCUGCUUGUGGUGCUCUUGGCUCUCCAACUUCUCGUGGUGGCUGGUCUGGUGAGGGCCCAAACCUGUCCUUCUGUGUGUUCCUGCAGUAACCAGUUCAGCAAGGUCAUCUGUGUGCGGAAGAACCUCAGAGAGGUCCCUGACGGCAUCUCUACCAACACACGGCUCCUGAAUCUCCACGAGAAUCAGAUUCAGAUUAUCAAGGUGAACAGCUUCAAACACCUCAGACACCUGGAGAUCCUCCAGCUGAGCAGGAAUCACAUCCGCACCAUUGAAAUCGGGGCCUUCAAUGGUUUGGCAAACCUCAACACUUUGGAGCUCUUUGACAAUCGGUUGACCACCAUCCCCAAUGGAGCUUUUGUAUACCUGUCGAAACUGAAGGAACUCUGGCUGCGAAAUAAUCCCAUCGAGAGCAUCCCUUCUUAUGCUUUUAACCGAAUCCCGUCUUUGCGCCGCUUGGACUUGGGAGAGUUGAAGAGGCUUUCGUACAUCUCGGAAGGGGCCUUUGAAGGUCUCUCCAACUUGAGGUAUCUGAACCUUGCCAUGUGCAAUCUGCGGGAGAUCCCCAACCUCACACCGCUCAUCAAGCUGGAUGAGCUGGAUCUUUCUGGGAACCAUUUGUCCGCCAUUAGGCCGGGCUCUUUCCAGGGCUUGAUGCACCUUCAGAAAUUGUGGAUGAUCCAGUCACAGAUACAAGUGAUUGAAAGGAAUGCAUUUGAUAACCUUCAGUCACUGGUAGAGAUCAACCUGGCACACAAUAAUCUGACCUUACUGCCCCAUGACCUCUUCACGCCCCUCCAUCACCUCGAGCGGAUCCAUCUGCAUCACAACCCUUGGAACUGCAACUGUGAUAUUCUGUGGCUCAGCUGGUGGAUAAAGGACAUGGCGCCCUCCAAUACUGCAUGCUGUGCCCGCUGUAAUACACCCUCAAACCUGAAAGGCAGGUACAUUGGGGAAUUGGACCAGAAUUAUUUUACCUGUUAUGCUCCUGUGAUUGUUGAGCCUCCCGCGGACCUCAAUGUCACAGAGGGCAUGGCUGCAGAGCUCAAGUGUCGGGCCUCCACCUCACUGACCUCUGUAUCUUGGAUUACUCCCAAUGGGACGGUCAUGACACAUGGGGCAUACAAGGUCCGGAUUGCUGUGCUCAGUGAUGGCACAUUAAAUUUUACUAAUGUAACUAUACAAGAUACAGGCAUGUAUACAUGCAUGGUGAGUAACUCUGUCGGGAAUACCACAGCUUCAGCCACCCUGAAUGUGACCGCAGCAACCACUACCCCAUUCUCCUAUUUUUCCACUGUCACCGUAGAGACUAUGGAACCUUCUCAGGACGAGGCCCGAACCACAGAGAACAAUGUGGGGCCCACACCAGUCGUCGACUGGGAGACCACCAAUGUGACCACCUCUCUCACGCCCCAGAGCACAAGGUCAACCGAAAAAACAUUUACCAUCCCUGUGACCGAUAUAAACAAUGGCAUCCCGGGAAUCGACGAGGUGAUGAAAACCACUAAGAUUAUCAUUGGUUGCUUUGUGGCCAUCACUCUCAUGGCAGCGGUGAUGCUGGUCAUCUUCUACAAGAUGAGGAAACAGCACCAUCGGCAAAACCACCACGCCCCCACGCGGACUGUUGAGAUCAUUAAUGUGGAUGAUGAGAUUACAGGGGACACGCCCAUAGAGACACUUGCCCAGCCUGCUAUAGAACAUGAGCACCUAAAUCACUAUAACUCUUACAAAUCUCCCUUCAACCACACAACAGUUAACACAAUAAACUCAAUACACAGUUCAGUGCAUGAACCGUUGUUGAUUCGAAUGAACUCGAAAGACAAUGUACAAGAGACUCAAAUCUAAAACAUUUACAAAAGUUACAGAGAAAAAAAAAAAACAGACGGUUUAUAAAAAAAAAAAUGACACAAAUGACUGGGCUAAAUCUACUGUUUCAAAAAAAGUGUCUUUACAAAAAAAACAAAAAAGAAAAGAAAUUUAUUUAUUAAAAAUUCUAUUGUGAUCUAAAGCAGACAAAAUGAUGUGUAUUCCUCAGAACCUGUUUUGCUGCAUUUAUUUACCCUCCCUUCCCUUGCUCCUCUCCCUCCCUCUUUGCCAUAUUUUUCAUAAGAGAUCUCAGUUCCCUAAAGAACUGGUCUAGGAAAUUUUGUAAGAAUUCUGUUAUACUUUGGGAUUUUUAUGGUGAAUUCUAGUGGUGAGGUUCAGUCUAUUUUGUCUCUUCUGUUUUUUUUUUUUUCUUCUUCUUCUCAUGCCCUUAUGAAAUACUCCAACAGGGAAAUGCAGUAUUAGACAUAGAUUUAUAAGAGAGAAAGAGGAAAACAAUGCAAAAUCUUAUAUUUUUCAUGUAAUGACCUGUUCUGUAUUUACCAGGAGGACCCUUCUGUGGAAAAGAAAAAAGAAAAAAAAAACAAAUAAGAGAUUAAUUUACAUGUCAGAAUCUAUAAAUCCCAUGAUCUUUUAAUGACUCUAGAACCAGAAUUUGUAGUUUAAAAAAAAAAA